AUGAUCGUCACUCCAACACUACUUUUCCGCGGGCAAACCACUCCGCAAGACUGUUCGCAGGCAGAACAAGCACGCCAAUCUGCAUCGGAGGGCACCCAGCAAGCAUUAAAAUCAGCUUCGGAUUCUAUGCGACAAAUAUACAAUAGCGCUAGUCAAUUGAUUGCUGCUGCUUCGGGAAGCUCAUCAAGUGUUGAGAGUAGUGCAAGUUCAGCGAUUUCAAGUAUACAAGCGUCGGCCAGCUGGGCUGUGGCGAGAGCAGUUGAACAAAUGCAAAGUGCACAAUUUACUGCAUCCAAUAAAGAGGCUCAAGAAUCUCAAAACGCAACCAUUACCGCGACACAGGCAGCUGUAGCGAUAGUGGAGAGCAUAAUCGCUUCCACGAAUUACGCGGGAUUGGAAGACAAGAAAGAAGAUCGAGUUGAACCGAUAGUGAAUAAUAGAAGAGAAAGUGCAUGGACAGAUGAUGUACGGAGUACGAUCCCUCACGAGGAACCUCCACUUCGACCCUAG